AAGAGUACAACCGGAUUAUGCGGUCGACGCAUCGGUACGAUUAAACAAAAUUAUUUCUGGUGAAAGUCGGGUGUUCGUUGUUGGUUAUAAAGUCGCGACGAUCAUUGCAUUAUUUUAUAGUUUGCGGUAGGGGAAAAAGUAACAGUGACGUCGAUAAAGUAAAUACUGAGAAAAUAUCAGAAGGGAAUUUUCAUUUCGGCAGUUAUCAACCGUCUCAAUUCUGGCGCAAUUAAUGCGAUUCGGAAUUUGAACACGAUGGAUCAUUUGGCAGGAUUCAUUGCAAUCGGAGUUAUUACGUAUCUCUUAUUCUACGAGAUUACGAGAAUUGUAACUAGGCGUUGUUCUAAAUUUGAGGGACCGCCAAGAUUUCCCAUCAUUGGAAAUGCACAUCUCUUCAUCGGCAGUACCGAAGCUAUCAUGAACAAGUUCCUCGAAUUGGAUAAAUUGUAUCCGAGAUAUUAUCAGUUAUCACUUGGCACUCGUUCGAUCUUCGUAACAAGUGUUCCUGAGCAAUUGAAGGUGAUAUUCAACAGCUCGAAAACCAUUGAUAGAGGAGGACUGCUAGAUUUUGCACGGCCGUGGUUGGGUUCGGGAAUACUUUUGGCUAAAGCAGCGAAAUGGCAAGUACAUCGGAAGCUGAUACAGCCGACCUUCAGUCCCAUGAUCCUGAAGUCUUUCAUCGAAGUAUUUUCCAGACAGUCAGCGAUGAUGGUCCGGCAAAUGGAGCGCCACGUGAACGGAGACGAAUUCGAAGUACAAAAGUACUUAUCACCGUACACGUUGAACAUGAUAUGUGGAACUACGAUGGGCGUGAAAUUGGAAGCACAGACGGACGAAAAUUGUCAGUACGCAGAGGCGGUAGAAAAAACGACGUCCAGCAUUUGUACGAGGGCCUUGAGACCCUGGUUGCAUCCAAGUUUCAUUUUCUACCGAACGCAACUUGGCAAAGAGCAGCAAAAGGAAAUCCAGAUAAUGCAUGACUUCGUUGAAAACGUGAUACGAACGAAGAAAGAGCUGCUCCAAAAUCGUCCUUGCCAGCCGGAAAUAAACACAAAUGAAUAUGACGAGCCGAAGAUCGGGGGCGAAGUGUUCUUGGACCAUCUCUUGAACCUACCCCGCGACAAGAAAACACUCACGGACGAUGAGAUUCGGGACGAGGUGCACAGUAUAGUGUUGCCUGCAAGCGACGCACCAGCAAUUACCGUUUCUUUCGUGAUGUUGAUGCUGGCAUCUCACCCGGAUCUGCAGGACAAAGUUUACGAGGAACUUAGAGAAAUUUACGGCGACGAUGAUAACGAAGAUCAACUCGUCACUCCGGACGACUUGUCGAGGAUGAAUUACCUGGAGCAGGUGAUCAAAGAAACCAUGAGGCUGUUCCCAGGCUCACCCUUUCUCAUUCGAGAAGUGACCGACGACUUGGAUAUAGGUGACCGCGUUUUGCCAAAAGGAAGUUCCGUCGCUCCCAACAUUCUAAGGCUGCACAGAAGUGAAGAAUACUGGUCUGACCCUUUCAAGUUUGAUCCGGACAGAUUUCUACCGGAAAACAUUACCGAGCAAUAUCCGCACUCGUAUCUACCAUUCGGCGCAGGCCCGAGGAGUUGUUUGGGUAAGCCAAAUAGCGACGUUGAGGACGAUCUUGAAUUGCUGCAUGGAUUAUCUCUUCGUAUCGAAGUUGAUCGGAUCGAGGUAUGCCAUGAUGAUGAUGAAAACGUCCGUGGCGACGAUUCUUCGACGAUAUGUUUUGACGAAAGAUCAAGUUGUACCUGCCGAACAUAUCCGACUGAAAAUGGAAAUGGUGCUGAGACCAGCGGAACCGAUCACAUUGAGAAUUAAGAAAAGAACACGAGUCGUAAAUAAGUUUUUAUAACUUUUCUACGGUAGAAAAUUGAAAUUUCAUACCUACUACGUUCAAUGAUAGGAAAUAUAACUACUCUUAAUCGUAAUUCUCUGUACAUGUGUUUCUGACGUCAUCCAACCUUUCACCAGUUUAGCCAUUCCGUCUUCAGCGAGUUUCGAGAUUUUGAUUAUUCGAGUCUUUGAUCAAUCGUUAUUGAUAAAUUUCGAUUUGUAGAUUUUCAACAAAUACACGUGUCUUAGAUUUAGAAAGUCGACUCUUUGACUUUUCGAUAUUUUCGCAAUUCAAUAUUUAGCCCUGUGUAAUCUUGGCCAUUUUGAGAAAAAAAAGAUGUCGGUUUAACUUUAUCUAUACAGUUUUGCGUUCUUUAUUUUUAUUUUUCUACAAAUCAUCUCUUCGUAUCAACGGUCUUUCUACAUUUUCGCUUGUCGGUAGUUUGACUUUUGGGAUUUCGUCCCGUCGCUUUUUGGUCUUUCGCAUUUUUGUACCCCACCCGAUGUUAUCCCUCCAAAAAACACUUCUGUCGCAAAAACCUUUCGCGAAGUACAUUAAUUGUGGUUAUUUCGCACAAAAAUACCUUCUUUCAUCAAAAACGUAUGCAUUCAAUCACUUUAUACAAAAACACUUAUUUCACAAGAAGACUGUGCACAAAUAAAUAUCCGUAUCCUUUAUCGAAAAAGAUUUUAAUCGCGUACCAUUGCCAAGUACAUGUCUGUUAAUUUACAAUAAAAGUAUAAUUGAAACUUGA